AUGAGUAGUCAACAGGUCAACUGCGAUGUUGGAGUCGCUGACAAUGUCAAUGAUAACAAUAACGUACUUACUUCAGUGAGCUACAAUGAGAAUCAAAGUAGUGGCAAUCUGAAGGAGUCACAAUUUGAUAAAUCCGAAAAGAAGACUGGUCGAACACAUAGAGGUUGGUUGAGAAGGAGUAGAGGGAGAUCUGAAAACUUCGAAACAACAAAAUCAAUAAAAGAUGACGACACACAAAAGAAUGAAAACAGCAUUGAGUCUGACACUGAAGAUAUAGAUAUCAACGAUUGCAAGUUUAAUGGAAGUGGAACUUUUAGAUCAAGACUUCAAGCAAUUUUCAAAAGUAAUGUGGAUUUAUCGACCAAGAAGCCUGGAACAAAAAGUUCAACAAAUUUAGACAAAUUAAAUGUAUUACAAAGUCAGGAUUUAAAUGCGUCUGAAAGUGAGCACACCAGUUCCAGGUGGAAAUACCGAUUAAGGAACCACCAAGAUAGUCUCUCACAAAUUUCGCUAAGUAGAUCGACAACUUUAAAUCGAGAUGCCAUUAACGAUUUAUCUAAUGCAGAAAAAGUUAUAGAAAUGCAAGAACUUGAUAAGAGUUUAGAUAACGAUAAACGUUUUGAAGAUGAAGUAUUUUUGAAUGAGAUUCAAAGAAAGACAACAUUGAAUCAAUUGAAAGAUAACGUCCAAUCUGAAUGUUCGAAGUCCAAUACCAACAGUAUAAGUGAUAUUGGAAAAGUAGUUGCUAGAAACACUGAUAAUGAUGAUGAUGUAGCUGACUUACAAAGUAAUUCAAGUUCUAUUGAGAGAGCUGCUAUAGUAAAAGAAAAAUGUGAGAAUAUCUUUUCUCCUGCUGAUUAUAAAAUGGGAUCAAAUAUACAAUAUGAGUCUCCAAUCACCCCUUCCGAAGGUACUGUUGAGAAGUCAUAUAAACAUGUAUUCGAGACACCAAGACAAUUCUCAAUUAUUAAUCCUGACUUUGAUAAUAUUAUUGUUGAAAAUAAUUCUAAUGUCAAUAAGACAUUAGAAUUUCUUUUUAAAAUCUUAAAGGCACCUGAAAAAAGUAUUGUUAAUCAAGAUAGCCAUCUUGAAUCAAAAACACCAACUUUAAAUAAUGUACUAACGGAGUUAUCAAAUUUAAUAGUCAUUAAGUUAAAGGAAGAUGAAAGGUUACAGAGGAAUCGUGAUUCUUCAGAACAUUUGGUAAGAAGGUUAGAGUGUGAUGUAAGUAAUUUAGAGAGAGAUUUGAAAUCAAGGAAUGAUCAAAUAACUAAUCUUUUAGAUUCCAGAGCUGAGUUAGAAAAUUGCAUCGAUAAAGUUAAAAAUGUUAUGGAUGACAUAUUAAAAUGUAAAUCGAUCUCGAGAGUGGAUGACACAAAAGUUAGUUCUCAGGGUAUCCUUGAGAUGCUACCUACAUUCUAUGAUUCUAUUACGACGGUGUUAGAUGACUAUGGUAAAUUACAAAUUGAAUAUGAUUCAAUCUCAAAUAAAUCACAAGACAUCCAAAAUGAAUGUAAAAAUUUAAUCCUCGAAUUAGAGACGUCUCAAGAAAAAGUCUUGAGUUUGGAAAGUAAGCUAAGUGAGAGCACUAAGUUACAAGCUGAAACUUUUAGAAGACAUAGCCACAGCCAUGCAUUACCAUUGCUUAGAAGAACGAAUGAAAAAUUACAAAUAGAUUACCAAAGGGAAAGAUCGAAAGUGUUGGAGUUAAGAAAAGAACAUAAGAAUAAAGAUAAAUUUUUAAAAGCAUACGAAAUUUAUAGAACAGAAUCACUCCAAUUCAUGAUAUAUUUGAUGCAUUCUUUCAGAUCAUUUGCGACAGACGAGUCUAUUGUUGAAUAUGAUAAUCAUGUCAAGUCACUAAAUGAAUUUUAUUUCAACAGCAAUAUUGUUAAAGAGGCUGGCGAACGUGAAAUAGAAAUUAAAUGUCAGAAAUUCACAAACGACGUUACGAGUUUUUAUCAAGAAGUUGCCAAAUCUAAAUUUUUGGAUCAAUUAUUGGAAAAAUACCUUUCCUUCAUGCUCUCAAACGAAUUCUUAAGUACAAAAAUAACAGGCUUAAGAAGACAAAACCAAGACUACGAAAUUUAUGCAAACCAUUUAUUAGAGAAAUUAAACGAUGUUACAACUCAUUUUCAAUCAGAGAAGAACUGA